UCCUCUACACAAGUCCACGGUGCACGUGUGGCACCACCAGUCGGGUCCCCAGACCUUGCACCACUCGCUGCAAGCCACCGUUGUGACGCACACCUCCCUUCGCUGGCGUUGCCCGCGUGCAAGAUUUUUUUUGUUGACGGCGAAGACAGCGGUAGUCGGUGGCCUUGGCGCGACAUGCCUCUGGUUGACACCAUCCGUCUGUGGGCGGAGGGCGUGGAGGCAGCCGACAGAAAGGACUUUCGCGUUGCGUUCGCCAAGUUCGAGGAGAUCAUGGAGCCGAGUUCCAAGAUUUACUUCAACAUUGGCUGCAUCAGCAUGACGCUGGACAGACUCGGGGACGCCGUGAGAGCCUUUGACCGAACCAUCGCCAAGGACGAGCAUCUGGCCGUGGCUUUUUUCCAGAGAGGAGCGGCCUUCCUACGAAACCAACUGUAUGAGGAGGCACUGCGGGAUUUCCAGGAGGCGCACAAGAGGCUCAGAGGCAACACGACCAUCGACUACGAGCAGCUUGGGCUGGCCUACAAGCUGCACUUGUGUGUCGUGCUACACAAUGUGUCACUGGCCCAUGCCUCUCUCGGCCAGUGGGUCAAGGCACAGGAAAUGGCGCAGAAAGCGAAGGAGGCCGAGUUGCAGCCGCAUCAGACCUACGUGGAUCGAGCCUUGGAGGCAGUAAAGAGGCAGGAGGUGUGGGAGGUGUGCGCCGUGCCCUGCGGAGUCAUGUUCCGCCCCCAAAAGCAGCAGGUGGAGCAGCUGGGCAAGAAGGACUACCUGGGCAAAGCCACGGUGGUGGCCUCACUGUCUAUGAACGAAGACCUCCCGGAGAUCACCUCCCAGCAGCCCCAGGGCGGGAAAAAAAGAAAUCUGAAAAUUCCUGCACCACCUGCCAAGGAGCCUCCACCCAGACCCCACGCGUCCGAGGAGGGACAACGCCAGAAGAUGGUUUCCAAUCCACCUGCUCGGGCUCCACCUGUGCCUCUAUUCCCCAGUCAGGACCCUCGUUCAGAGGUGUCCCUGCAGAUGCCAAUCACCGUGGAGCUGCACUUCACCCAAACGGUCACCAUGAGAGCUAGGCCUGGCAUGAGCUACGCGGACUUCCUGGCAUUAAUCAGCGAAAAGGUCAAGCAGCCGGAAGAGAGGCUCCAGCUCAGCUACAGGAUGGAGGGGAGCGGUGAUUCCAUUCCCAUGACUGGAGACGUUCAGAUGCAGAGGCUGUGGGACAGAGCCCGCAACGGGAAGCUCACUCUGUGCUGUCAGCAGCUGCGGCCGGGGGAGGCCGCUGCGGACGAACGCGUGCUGAGGCGAGUCGUGGCGCUCUGCGAUUACGACGCCAAGGAGCCCGGGGACCUCGGUUUCCGAGAGGGCGACAUCAUUCGCGUCAUCUCAGAAGUCAACGCUAAUUGGUUGGAGGGACGUUGCCGUGGGAACGUAGGGAUCUUCCCAACAAGCUUCGUGAGGCGUCUGCGUGGCGGUGAGCCAAGAGGUGAAACCAUGCAAGACGAGGAACCGCAGCUCAGCGUCGUUUGAGAAGCUUCUACGAGCAGUGGCGUUAAAGCCGGACGUUCGAGUAUCAGCCUGCUGACGACGUGGGGGCGCGCGUGGGGGCAUAGCGACGACUUGCAGGGAAAUUUGUUUUAAAUUAUUUCCUCAAAAUGCCAGCACGACAAGCAGUGCAUUUGGACAUUUUACAGGGCUGCGGACCAGGGUAUUGUGAUUUGCCGCUGUGCGAAUUGUCAUUCGAUAACAUAUCUCGCGGUAACACUGUGGUGCCACUUUCUUAGCGGAUGUUUGAGAUAUUUGCAUCGCGUCCAAUGGAGAGAGAGAGAGAGAGAAAAAAAACACUUUUAACUUGCGUAGGUGUUUUGCGGCUGUGGUGCACGACUUUCCGGUGUGUCGUCGGGUGCUCGUGCAGCGCUCGCGCGCGUGUGUGUCGGCGCCACGUCCGACGUUUCGCGCCAUGGUGCUGGGAGCUUCCAUUUUUUAUCUCACGAAGGUUGCUGUAGAAGCUACCCAGCACGUGGGGCGAAACGUCUGACAUCGCGCCCAAGCAACAACAACAUCACACCGGAGAACACGUAGUUUAUUUUCUCAGAGAGUUAGGUUGAUUUAUUGAGGAAAAGUUAAUACAGUGUGCACAUAAGACGUGUUGGUUUAUGUCUGAAAAUAAAAUGUCAUGACUUAAAGCUUUCGUGACUGCAGGAAUUCAUAUUAUUUGGGUCUUUCGGUAAAGUCGCGUAGAUAGGUUCAAAGAAAAGACGACCGCUUGUGUUGCGAUCGAAACGUCGUAGAUUUUUGUUAUUUUCUUUGAACCUAUCUACGUGACUUUAACGAAAGACCCAAAGAAUAUCAAAUGUCAUGUCGUGACCGCUCAUGUUGACUGUAUUUAAUUGGUUCGAUGUUUGUAUGCAAAUUUUAAUUCGGCUAUGAAAUAUCAACAUACAUCUAAUGGAAGUGCUCAAAACUAACACUGUGCCAUUUGAGUUAACUACCGAAUUGUGUUUUAACAUAUCUACCAUGUUCAUAAAUGUAUACCACUGCAACUAUAUCAACUGAGCUUAUGAAAGACAUAAGAGUUGUUAUUAGCAUCUGUAACCCGAUGAGCAAUUCAGACAUUCAAUGACUAUAUGCAAUGAAAUGCAUUAUAUUAUGGACGUCUAUCAGCUUUAAAAUGUAACCAAGUGUAAUAUCAGUGAAUAUAUAUGUUUGUUUAUGCUGAAGCAGCAACGCCUUCAAUCAUCAAUAUGCACAUGCAUUGAGAAUUUAGGUUUCUUUUUUGGUUACAUUUGUUUAAAAUGUAAUGAUUAAAUGUAAUGCAAAGAAA